AUGCAGUUAAUGGCUCUGGCGUCUUUAAUUCUGGUUACUGUGGUCGGAUUUCAAUAUGUUGGAGGUGAUACAUUUCAUCAGACGAUGGUCACACCCGUUCCUUACGGAGCAGGACUACCCGGGGUGAGCCUCAGCUGUAUACGCAGCAUACCAGACAUCUACUUCGGCUACUCGUUCGGGAGACCGUUCACAUUGAACGUCCCGGGUUCUGCUUCCGGUCUUACCGGUUUCCCGAAUGGGACGAUAUCGGAUAAUACUGUUCAGAAUGCUACAACGUGGUACCUUCCCCCGACGGUAGACGCCACCGGCUUGUUUCACUGCAGAGGGAGGAAUCCCGUCACACGGCUGAGUUCAGAAGUGUACAGCAUCAUCCAUAGCCACCUGAGGAAGUUUGAGCCCGCUGAUGGCCAAGUAACAAAGACAAUCAACAAGGGAGAAAAUGCGACUCUCGCGGUGAUCUCAGCCAACAACGGUAGCAGUCCCGUCUGGCACCGAAAUAACGAAGGAAUUCUCCUCGAUUUAGACCCAACUCGGUAUGAGAUCCAACUUACAGCAGACGAGGUAGCAGAUGGCGAUCUGUUUGUUGUCACAGAUAGAGAUGCGCCACUCGAUGACAAUCACUUUGGGAUGAUCAGGCUCAUUGUCAGAGGCUGUGUUGCAGGCAAGUGGGGUCCUCCUGAUUGUAAAGGGGUGUGUGAUCUGUGUUACAAUGGAGGAGUGUGUGAUGAUGAGACAGGAGAUUGCAUCUGCCCACCAGGAUUCAGUGAACCAAACUGCCUCACAGGUAAGCUCAUUGCCUGGUCUGCCUGUCUGUCAGGCGGGCUGUCGGUCGGAGUGUGUGAUGUGUGCUACAAUGGAGGAGUGUGUGAUGAUGAGACAGGAGAUUGCAUCUGCCCACCAUGA